CAAGUGUAGCAGGGCUCCGAGCCCCUUGUUUGAGGUGAACACUAACGCAAACCACAUAUAAGUUGAGCGAAAUGCCCAAGUUGUUCACCCUCAUAUUUUCUCUUCUCUUCCCUCAAGUCCUUCUUUUUCAUCUUUUUCAUUUUAUAUAUUUUAAUAUCACAGCCUUCCACCACCAAAAAAUACUAUUAGCAAAUUUUUACCCAUGGCCACUUUUAACUGGAAAACAUCUCUGCAAAAGCAGGAGAGCGGCACGCAGCGCGCCCUGGUGAAAUUCAACGGAGCUGAAGCCGCCAAGACAGCCAUCCUUUUGUCCAACGCGCACAUCAACUACGAGCCCAUCACUGUCACCCCGCUGUUCCCCGAGGCCUCCCCCUCGACGCCUCCUCCCUCGGGACCUGCCAGCCACGACACUACCGAGCGCCAGUCGUCGCCCAUUGCCGAUGCCAACGCCAACUACGAGGGUAAGCCCGCGCUGUACGUCGUUCACGAGCUGCUUGCUGCUGGCUACCUUGUGGGCAAGCAUGUUGUCAACCGCGCUUCUGAGUUUGACGCAAAGUACCGUGUCACUAACCGCACUCAGGAGCAGGCGCGGUCGUUGGACAGUCAGUACAAGUUUAGCAACUACCUGCAGCAGUGGGAUGAUAAGUUCAACGUUACCAAGCGCGCAAUGGAUGCGUAUAACAAGGUGCAGAGCCACCCGGUUGGACAGAAGGUCAUCCUCACUGUCAACGAGGCAUACCAGUCGGCGUUGCAGUUGUCGCAGGAUGCUCGCGAUAUUGCCGAGAGGAAGCGCGCUCACGAUGAGAAGCUCUUUGGCAAGUUCCCCCUGCCUUCUGACCCCGAUGCUGGCAGCAGCACCAGCGGCAGCAACAAAAACAGCAACAGCAACAGCGACACACCUCCCAAUUAUGAGAAGAGCGGCCCUUCCAGCAGCGGCAACUAAUAGUUUAUUUUCAAUUCAUAUUUAUUAAAGUCACCAAAGUAAAUUUUUUAUUUCCUUACAAUUCUCAAAUACAACGAAACAUACAUAAAG